AUGUCCUUGGAAGACAGAAUCACUAAGCUCUCCCUUCACGAAAAGAGCAGUGAUAUGGUCUCAAGUCCAUCCCGCCCCAACGACCCAAACGGAAAGCCCUACGAAAUCGCGAGCAAAGUCGAAGACUUCCCUAUAAUUCCCAACCCUAAUAUCUUCAACUUUGCCAAUACCCCAAACACCAAACCACCAAGAAAGUCAAGCUCUCGAGACCUGGCUCUGCCUACUUUGGCGGAAUGCGCAGCUCAUCUUGAAUUUCUCGAAACGCUUUUUAUUUUAAGGCAGAAAGUCCUUGUAUCAAAAGAACUUGAUGAUGUAUUCCUGAUUCAUCCUACAAGAGAGACAAAGACUGGUUUUCAGGGCGAUACAAAGACUUUAAAGGAUGAGAAACUCUGGGAGAAGAGACAGGUUAAAUGGCCCAGGUUUGUCGGUUUUGCUGUCGUUCGCUUUCUAGCAUGGCGCGAACAUUUCAAUAGCUCCAAGGUGGAAAUCACACGAGAUAACCUCCCGCCUCUGGAUAUCCUGAUGGUGUGGCACUCGUUCCUUCUCAAUCCUCGGCUGUUCUGCGUCAACUGCUCAGACGAACCUCUUUUCUCUGUCAAAUUUCCGUGGAAAUAUGUUCACAGUGCUAUCGACAAUGGCGAAUGGCAGUUAAGUCUUCAACCCGCGGCUGCAGCCAACUACAAAGAAGCUUCUGGAUUCUCUCCAGAUCUAUUCCAUGACAUAGUUUCGUGGAAAGACCUAGAAUUCAAGAAUCGUUGGGGCAUCUCUCAGCUUGAACUCGGCGGAAGGCGCUGGAAAGAACUAAGUGAGGGCCGAUGUCGAGAGUACGUGAACCACUUUAAUCGUUUCGAUUCGAAGCUCGCCGAGGAUCUUCGCGAUGCAGUUAUCCGUCAGGGCUCUUUUGUCGAAAAGAUGAACUCUUUCAUGUGGAUUCGAAGUCCUGCUCUUGAAGGGACACUCCGCCGCGGCAUCGCCCGCUAUCUCAACUUCUGCAAGCUCCUCAAGAUGUCCAAGACGACAGUUGUACCAACCCUCGACAUCGAUCUUAUCUGGCAUACACACCAGUGUACAGCCACACACUAUGGGCAAGCAAUGAAGGUCUUGGCUGGCAAGUUUGUCAAUCACGACGACACAAUUGAAAAGCCGCAGCUGGGAGAUGGGUUUGCAGAGACAAGAAGAUUGUAUCGCGUGUAUUUUGGUCAGGAGUAUCGUGCUUGUGGAUGCUGGGAUUGUCAGGCUUUGUUGACGGAGCUCGAGGGGGCUUUGGAAAGGGGUGAGGAAGACGUUGAUAUGGAUAUGAUUGCUGCGAAGGUGAAGGAGGAUGUUUUUUAUCAUCGGGCUGUUGAGUGGUCGAGGAGGCAUAAUGUGGAUUUACCGAGACGGCGAGACUAG